CGGUAAUAAAGUAAAGAUCCAAGUGCCUAGUGGUAAGAGGAGGAAAGCGUGGACAGAAAUGUUGAUUGCAUAGACGACAACUCAAUACAGUCUCACACUCACUCAAUUAAGUGCCGGUCCACCAUCCCCAUUAGACCCUUGUCUUUCUGUCUCUUCCACUUCACUUUCCUCUGUUUUCAGCUUCAAUGGCUAAAGACCCAACUCUCUCCGCAGGGAAAAUGUCCUCCUGCUUCGACACUAAGCCUUUAAUGGCCACAUUGCUUGCCUUCACCCUUGUUAUGCUCAUUUGGAAUCUUCAGCCUUACUACGAUACCAUCAUUAAUUCCCCUGCCUCUCCCACUCCCACUCCCUCUUCUUCUAAACUCUCCAUUUCCGAUCCUAACAAGAGAACCUUCCGUGCCUACGGCAAUGCCGCCUCUCUCUUCGUCCAGAUGGGCGCCUAUCGCGGCGGUCCUACCACUUUCGCCGUCGUUGGUCUCGCUUCCAAACCCCUUCACGUCUUUGGCCGCCCUUGGUAUAAGUGCGAGUGGAUCCCCAACAGCAAUGGCAAUACCAAUGCCAAUGCCUCCUCCUCUGCUUCUAAGAACCUCAAGGCCAAAGCCAUUAAGAUCCUCCCCGACUGGGGCUACGGCCGUGUCUACACUGUAGUCGUCGUAAACUGCACAUUUGCCGUGAAUCCUAACAUCGAUAAUAAGGGAGGGAAGCUCAUUCUCUACGCUUACUACAGGGAGUCACCUAAAAGAUAUGAGAAAAUCACAGCAUUGGAGGAAGCGCCGGGGUCUUACGAUGAGUCCAAGUUCAGCCCGCCAUAUCCCUACGAGUACUUGUAUUGUGGUUCGUCCUUGUAUGGCAAUGUGAGUGCGUCCAGGAUGAGGGAGUGGAUGGCCUAUCACGCCUGGUUUUUCGGGCCCAGCUCCCAUUUCGUGUUUCACGAUGCCGGUGGGGUGUCACCGGAGGUAAGAGCGGUGCUAGAACCGUGGAUACAUACUGGCCGGGUCACGCUUCAGGACAUAAGGGACCAGUCCGAAUUCGAUGGGUACUACUACAAUCAGUUUUUGGUGGUGAAUGAUUGCCUCCAUCGCUACCGACACGCUGCCAAUUGGACCUUCUACUUUGAUGUGGACGAGUACAUUUAUCUUCCCGACCGCAACACUCUCGAAUCUGUGCUAAGACAGUUCUCCAACAAUACACAGUUCACGAUUGAGCAAAAUGCCAUGUCCAGCAUGCUCUGCUUCAACGAUUCCUCUCAGGACUAUUCCAGGCAAUGGGGCUUCGAGAAGUUACUGUUCAGGGACUCAAGAACUAACAUUAGGAGAGAUCGGAAGUAUGCUAUUCAGGCAAAGAAUGCAUAUGCAACAGGUGUACACAUGUCCGAAAAUGUAAUAGGGGGGACGUUGCACCAGACAGAAACCAAGAUUCGCUACUAUCAUUAUCACAACUCCAUCACUGUACACGAGGAGCUCUGUCGUGAGCUUGUACCCUUGUCUUCUAAGCAUAACAUUACCUGGUUCGAUAAGCGACCAUAUGUAUACGAUGACAACAUGAAGAAGCUCGCCCAAACCAUCAAGGAUUUUGAGCGCCAUACCAUCAAUGUAGCUCCCGACCAUACCACCAACUCAUAGGAGUACAUUAGUUCUUCCUUUCAACAUCACAUACAAUAUUAAAUACUUUAGUCUGAUUAUAGGUUUUUACCACAUUUACCACAAUGAAGAGAAGGAACAACCUUGAAUUACAAAUCCCGAUUGGUGAAAAGUAUUACGUAGUAGAGUAACAGAUAUUGGCAGAGCUCUUCUUUUCCUCUUUGUGGCUUGAGUGUGUCUGUCUCAUCUGGAGUGCUGUUGAAGCGUGCCCUACUCUUCAAUGUUGUGGGUAGUUGGUUCUUGCCAGCAAAGCAACACUCCCCUCCUCCUGUGGGGUUGGGACAUGAGGCUCACCACAGUUCUGCUUCCUCUGUGGCUCGAUUGGUUUAGAAUAUGAAAUCAUUUGUAUGCACAAAUUGCCAAAAGGGAAAGAGUUAGGUCUAUUGGUUGAUUUGGGGAAAAGAGGGAGAUCAGGGGCCUCCAAGUCCCCACCAGGAUUUGUCUGUAAAUGGUAAGCGUUCUUGUUUCUUAUAUAUGACUAUGAUGUAUUGAACUUUUCCUUGUUAAACUUGUCCAGAUAUCUCAUAUAGCCACUUAAGUUGUUAUUGUAGUGACUAUUUUCACUCAUGUAAGUUGCAGUUUGUGGAUUUAAACAAGUUACUUUAAGAAUAAAUGCCACUGCUAUAGGAAACUCGUUGGCCUUUUGUCUGUGUAGUACAGUACUGAAAAUAUAAAUUUUAACGUGACUAUGUAAAGUUCGUAGCAUUCA